UCAAACAGCACACCACACAUACACACACACAUGAAGACACAUACUGAGAACACACCAAGGAACUGAUUUCGUGUGUGUCGGUUCAAGUCGUUAUUCGAUGAACUGGGAAAAUAUCUUGACUUGAAAGGAACAAACUGGGAAUAUAAAACGCUAAAACAUGUUUCACCGCUAGACUCCAGUGGUGGAUCAUUCUGGGACUCGCUAGACUAAGACUAAGACUUCUUUAUUUAUCCUUAUUGUAAAUUUAAUGUGAUUGGGACGAUUUAUCUACUUGACACUAGCUCUGUUCAUGGAUAACCCUGUGUUUCAAAAAGAGGAAGCCUUGCUGCACUCCUAUGGAGGAAGUGACAGGGGCGGACACUACUACGGGAGUCUUAGCUCCAGGCAUGAAGCACGCCACACGACAAGGGAAACGCCAUUUAUGGAGGCCGAAGGGGAAGUCUUGGAAUCCGACGCGUCACAAGAGGCGCCCUCGUUAAAUAUUAUCGGAUUAUCCUACGUGGUCAAGGAAAGAGUUGGCCACUGGUGGACUGGUAGCUGCUGUAGGUCUGCUCGGACGAAGGUCGUCUUAAACAAUUUGUGUAUGACCUUUGCCACGGGUGAACUGACUGCACUUGUAGGCACUUCCGGAUCUGGAAAGACAUCGCUCCUGGACGUCAUAUCUGGUAGAAGCACAGGAGUGACCACUGGUGUGGUCAGCUAUGAGGGUCAACAGUGCACGAGAAAGAUGAUGAGACAGAAGUCCAGCUACGUCCUGCAGGCUGACAGACUGUUGCCCACCCUGACCGUACGAGAGACCUUGACCUACAUGGCGUACCUGAAAUUACCUGGUCACUUCAAGCCCUCGGAUAUCAACAGAAAGGUACAGACUGUCAUAACAGACAUGGGGCUGAACCACGUAGCCGAGAACCGCAUUGGGGGUGCUAUUGUCAGGGGCGUAUCUGGUGGGGAAAAGCGAAGAAUAACAAUAGGGGUUCAACUAUUGAAAGAUCCAGACAUUCUCUUGCUGGACGAGCCGACUUCCGGUCUAGACGCCUUCACAGCUCACCAUCUUGUCCAAAGUCUCGCGGAUCUGGCUCACAAGGGCAAGCUGGUCAUCAUGUCCAUCCACCAGCCUCGUUCUGACAUCUUCCGGCUCCUGGACAAGAUAGCCAUAUUAACAAUAGGGCAACUGGCUUUCUUAGGUCGACCUGACCAGAUGGUGCCAUACUUUACAUCCGUCGGCUACUCCUGUCCAGUCAACCAGAACCCCUGUGAUAUUUACAUUGACCUUACAAGCGUGGACAGAAGAACACCAGAUCAAGAAGUCAAGACACUGAAACGCGCCAAAAAACUCUGCGCGGCCUUCACGAACAACGAAAUCUACACAGAAAUUCUGAAGAGAAUCACAUUCGGACUCAGCCAGUAUGAUUCCGAGGAGACCCAGGGGACAGUCGAGAGGGUGUCCAAGUCUCCGUCUUACCCCAGAACAUUUAAUUGUCUCUUGAAUCGGAUGAAUAUUCACGUCUGGAGAAAUCGAGGCGAUUGCCUUGGCCGAUUCAUUUUCCUGCCGUUUUUUAUCCCAUUUAUUAUAAUGUUCCUGGGUCGGCUGGGUUUGAACCAAGAAAGCAUUCAAGACCGACUGGGCGUCAUCUACCAGGCCUCGCAAGUUCCUCCCUAUAUGGGGAUAGUGAACGGAGUGGCACUGUACCCAGCCUUACGUGACCUGUUUUAUCGUGAGUACCAGGAUGGACUUUACUCGACCUUGACCUUCUUGGGGGUGUACUACGUCCAUUGUCUGCCCUUCAACAUCAUCUCCAGUUUGGUCUUCUCUGGAAUCUUGUAUUGGAGUGUAGGUUUGAACCCAGACCUUGUCAGUUUCGGUUGCUUCAUCCUGGUGGUUGUCAUGCUGAGCCAGAUCGGGGAGAUGGUGACUGUCAGCAUCAUGGGCGUCUUCAGGAACAUCCAGCUGGCCAGCAAUGCCACUACGUUGAUUUUCUCAGCUUCCGGUGUGGUGGCGUCAGGGCUGCUGAGGACCAUAGAAAAUAUGCCAACUGUGCUCCAGUGGGCGAGUUAUAUAGCCGUACAUAAAUAUUCAACAGCGAUUCUGGUUGGCAAUGAAUUCCAUGGUCUGAAAUUUACAUGCCCAGAACAAGCAGCCGAGCAAUGUAUGAUGAAAGGGGAUAACUUCAUCAAUACCUACUAUCCUCACGCGCUUGAACAUAUGACAAGAAAUUUUAUCAUUCUAGGAGGCUAUUCUACUGCAGUCUUCAUUUUGGCUUUCAUUGUUAUGAAGAUAAGAGGAAUACCAACGCUACACUAGAAGUAUCCAAAAUAGCAGUUUACAUUAGACUUAUCCUGGAAUAAUAGAUUACAAUAGAAUCAUCCAAUGUACACUAGACGUAUCCGUUGAUAACUGUUCAGCUUGAGAAUCGGCGAUACAAGCAUGACAUUUUUACAUUGCUGGGUCGUUGUCAUGAUGGUCAGUGACAUACUUGCACUCUGUUCAAAGGAUAGCAUCAGUCCAGUGAACAAACAUUAGAUGUCCUAUGAAUGUCCUACAGUUUGAGAUUUUGUUAUUCAAUACUGCUUUCAAUGAAAUCACGAACGAGAGAGUACGUGAAUUCUUCGAGCUUUAUGAAAAAUUCAACAAUCUUUUGAUAUAUUUUAUUGUUCUGAGUGCGUUGCUCCAACUGUCUAUUUGUCCUAAAUGCAUCUUUAUCAAGAAUUUUAUACAUAUAAGCUUUUCCGUCAUAAAAUAUUCUUUACAAAGAAGGUAUUGUAUGCCUCCAAUUUAGAUCACAAACCUUUUUCUUAUAACAUAUAAAUACUAUUCGUAGCUUUAAAAAUUCUGAGGUAGCCCCAACAUGACAAAAACCUGUAACACUAAGACCUAAUGUUACUUAUUAAAAUGAUGAGAGUCUCAAAGUAGGCUUCUCCUCUGCAUGCCCCAGACUCGUGGGAGUUCAUUAGAACAGCAUAGAGAGACAUGCGCAGUGAUCACAGAGAGACAUGCGCAGUGAUCACAGAGAGACAUGCGCAGUGAUCACAGAGAGACAUGCGCAGUGAUCACAGAGAGACAUGCGCAGUGAUCAUAGAGACAUGCGCAGUGAUCACAGAGAGACAUGCGCAGUGAUCAUAGAGAGACAUGCGCCGUGAUCACAGAGAGACAUGCGACGUGAUCACAGAGAGACAUGCGCAGUGAUCACAGAGAGACAUGCGCAGUGAUCAUAGAGAGACAAGCGCAGUGAUCACAGAGAGACAUGCGCAGUGAUCACAGAGAGACAUGCGACGUGAUCAUAGAGAGACAUGCGCCGUGAUCAUAGAGAGACAUGCGACGUGAUCAUAGAGAGACAUGCGCCGUGAUCAUAGAGAGACAUGCGCAGUGAUCAUAGAGAGACAUGCGCCGUGUUUUCAGCAUUUAGCCUAAAACGAACAAAUUCUAGGAGUGUAAUUAAACUGUUGUUUUAGGAUUUAUUUGUAUUAUUUAUAAUGUACGAAUAUUAACGAAACGAAUGGGCUCCAUACCCCUUUCCCUUACCCAUGGAUUCUGCUCUUCUUCCUUCACUGCCCCUCUCCAUCAAUACUUAAGCUGGUAAAGUUGACCAUCCAUCAUAAACGGCUUGUAACUAGAAACCGUAACAAAAUUGUCACACAUUUUAUUGACCUUUUCUUACAGUGUCCCUAAUUCUAAAGCAGUGAGUUCGAUUCCUGUUCAUUUAGCCAGUCUUGGUUAGACAUUCUGUACAAUAGAUUAUUAAAACUAAAGCGCAUUGCUGUAGAAAGAUUUCGCUAAAAUCUGAACCAAAGAAAUUUAUUCUGUAAAAUGUUUGCUUGUAAAAUUAUUUACAUGUUUCGGGUGUUCCUCCAGAGAUGUAGAUAAUCUACUUCAUAGUCCAAACCUUCCGCUGGACGAUGGGGGGGGGGGGGUCGCAGCGGGUGGGGUUCGAACCCGGGACCAUCGAGACGACCCACCGACAGUCCUGUCCACCUACCGCACGGUCAAACAGCCAGUCUCUGAUAAAUUGGCUGAUGUACAAAUCUUCUGGCGGUCAGGUCUUUAAAUACAUUUCUAUUUCACUUUCUCGCAUGUUCGAAGCUUCAUGUCGUGAAUCUUAAUCCCAUUUGAAUCUUUCCACGCGGCGACGCUGCUGACAAAGGUGUAGAUACAUAUUCUUUUCAUUACUGUUGUACAGAUACAAUAUUAUUGUAAUUCUAUAAUUUCUCCAACAAUUGUAAAUACUUCGUUCAUCCCAAUCAUGUGGAAAAAAAAAGUCUAUAUAAAGAAAGUACAAUUAGAAUCAUUCAUCACAAGAGAACUAUAAUUGUUGGAUGAUCAGUUAUGUUUAAAAAUAUUCUGCCUGUAAUCAUGUGUUGUAUAAAGAUAUUUUUUCAUUGUAAUAAAUUAUUUAGACUUAUAGUGAUUGUACAUACCACAGUAGUUAACCUUCCAUUGCCGUGUUGUAUUAUUUAUUUUCUUGACAAACUCUGCUCAUGACGAGGUUAAAAUAUUUUUUUAAAUAAAAUUGUAUAUAAUGAUUGUUGGAACAAGGGGAACUACUCUAGGUUAUAGUAUAUGAAUGUCUUUAAAUUACGAAUGAUGAGGGGACCAACCACUAAUAUUCUUUAAUAAUUUAUAAUCUACCAUGGUAUGUGUACCCGAUCUUUGGUAACAAUGUCACUGAAUAUUCCAUGUUAUAAUUCAGACAGCUAUCAACAUUUGUAUCUAUGCACAUUUGUAGCAACUGAAUUAGCGUAGUCAUGUGAAACACUGCACUUAAUCUUCGGCUUUGAAGACAUACUGUCUCACUGUGGACAGAGUUGAUUUGCUUUCCCUCCUGUUUUAAAGUAUUAAUUACAACCUGUUCUAUAAACUUUGAUUACACUUGUAUUAGGAUGUAAGUCUCGUAACAUGAAAUGAAAUAAAAGACUAUAAUUUUAAUAAAGCUACAUUCUUUUAACAUUA